AUGGAGGGAGACUUCUGGGUGUGCAAGAACUGCAAGAGAAGCGUGGCCUCUUCCCACUUUGCUCUCCAUGAGGCCCACUGCCUGCGGUUCCUAGUCCAGUGCCCGGAGUGUGAGGAGCCCGUCUUGAAGGCAAGGAUGGAUGAGCACUGCAAGGACAGGCACCAGCAGGUCAGGUGUGCGAUGUGUCAGCAGAGCGUGCAGAAGCCCUUGCUGGGACUUCAUGAGGCUAAGGAAUGCCAGGAGCGCCCCGUUGAGUGUAAGUUCUGCGAGCUGGCUGUGCGCCUCAGCACGCUGGAGGUCCACGAGAACCACUGUGGCACCCGGACAGUGCUCUGCCCAGACUGCGAACAGUUCAUCACACUCCGAGUGCUGGCCGACCACAAAGUCACCUGUCGGAGCGAACAGGCCCUGCUCAGGAAAGGGAAGAAAAUUUCAGCUCCUGAAAGGGAAAUCUACUGUCAUCAUUGCAACCAGAUGAUUCCAGGAAAUAAGUAUUCCCACCAUCUGAAUACAUGUCGUCCAAGCUCAGAGUCCAAAGAAGACUUUCCACUUGGGAAGACAAAAAUUUCUCCUACACCCUGUUCAAGUCAGGCUGCUGUAAAUCAAACUUCCAUGAUGCAGAAAGAUGUUCGUCCAAAGAUGAAAAAUAUAAACAGAUUUCUUCUUCCUUCUGAAAGUUCAACAAAGCGAGCACCAAGAGGCAAAAGUAAAACCAUGAAUCUGUCUUUGAAGUCUGAGCUCAAACCCAGUACCCCCGCUCCUAGAGAAGAUGAGGCAGCCUAUGACAUUCUGAGGAGAUGUUCUCAGUGUGGCAUCCUGCUUCCCCUGCCGACGCUGAAUCAGCACCAGGAGAAAUGCCUGUGGUUAGCUUCAUUGAAAGGAAAACAAGCGAGAAAUUCCAGCUAGAUUUGGAAGAGAAAAGAGAUAUUGGUUUGCCCAAGGGCUACAGAUAAGCGGGGAGGGGAAAAAGAGAUUCCAGCUCUUCUGC